UAUCCCGAGUUAUUUCCGUCAACAAAAAUAAAAUCAAGUGCAUCACCUGUCAUCAGAUCUAACGGCAGCAUCAUUCUUGUAACUUUGGAAUGAACUCUUAUGCAUUAUGUAUGAUAAAGGUGUCGCCCCGGAGAUAAUAAAGCAUGCUUGUGAAGAUCUCCUGCUGGCACCAAGUUGCUGCAGGCUCCUGUCAGCUGAUCGUUUGGUCUGCAUCGUAACAGAAGAAUGGGUCAAGCACUUACACAAAGGACAAAUUUCUCAACUUACUGAUGAAACAGAAGAGAUUGAUACUUGCAAAGCGGAGCGGUAUCUUUCACGAUCAUGUGACAAGGUGCCACACUCAUGGAUGAAAAUCACAGUGAAAGCCAUAGCAAAAUCUGAGGAAUUGUUUGAACGGAUCCCUGAACGUCGUUUUCAAAAGCAGUGGUCAUGUGGCAGUCUAUAUGAAUUUUUGUCUCAUAUUUGCAAAGAAAAUGUGGCUAAUCUGUGGCUGCAGGCUCACAGCUCUCUGAGCACAAAUUCUGGGCAGCGUUACAACCAGGCAGAGGGAGUUACUUUCACAUCACUAAUAAGACAGGUGAUCCACAAGCUAAAUCCCACUGUGUAUAUUAAAUCACAGCCUGAAUUUGAUUUGAAUUUGAGCUCUGAGCUUUCAUCCUCCUCCGCUCGAAGCAAAAUUCCGAAAGAUCACUCAGGGAGCUUCAACAGCAAUGGUGGCAACAGCGGCAGCAAUUCUUCCAGCAGAACCAGCAGCUUCCACACGAACAUUGAGCCUCAAAGCUGCUUCGGUCUCGUCCCAAUUGAUGUGGUUGUGGAAACAGCAGGCUACUUCUAUCUCAUACAGCCGUAUUACUCCUACAGUUUGCAGGAUGUGGUUGCCUUCAGCCCCACCAUUCUCGAGAUCAGCCAUGCAAAACCAUUGUUUGUUAUCUACCAGCUACUGCAGGCUAUGCAAGCCUUGCAUCAUCUAGGUCUGUACUUAGGGGAGGUCACCAUCUCCGACAUUGUGAUGGACAAAAACAUGUGGCUUAGAGUGUCGAAUCCUCGUCUCAGCAUUCUUCGUUCUUAUCUCGACCGUGAAGUGAUGAGUCCGAAUUCAGAUUCAGAUUCUAUGUACAUUACUGCAAAUUCACCUGAUGCUCUAAACAGGAAAAGUUCUUUUCCCUUCAGCCAAGAUUCAGUAUUCCCAAGUCAUGUACAAACUGUUGGCUUUUUUACGAACAACGAAAAGUUUUUUCAAGUUGCAUGUGAAUUCAUGAAAACCCACGAACACAACGCUUAUGAGAUCACCAUGCUUGAUGCCAUUGUUGACCACUGGGUACAUAGAAGGAUCACAAACUUCCAGUACCUCAUGAUCCUUAAUUAUCUAGCUGGUCGACGGAUGGGGGACCCCAAUAAUCACCCAGUGCUUCCGUGGGUUCUUGACUUCUCUGGCCCAGAUAGCGGGUAUCGCGACCUCACAAAGUCAAAGUUCAGGCUAAACAAGGGGGAUGGGCAGCUCGACUUCACCUACUCUGUUAUGAACGAUGUGUCUGACUCCAAUGAGCACGUGCCUCACCAUGUAUCCGACAUUUUGUCAGACAUAACCUACUACGUCUACAAAGCCAGACGAACUCCUAAAUCGGUGCUAUGUGCUCAUGUGCGCUCAAAUUGGGUUCCUCAUGAAUAUCCCAUUAGCAUGCAGAGGCUGCAGGACUGGACACCUGAUGAAUGCAUUCCAGAAUUUUUCACUGAUCCAUCUAUUUUUGACUCCAUUCAUGAAGACCUUCCUGAUCUGGAGAUUCCAACAUGGAGUAAGAACACACUUGACUUUGUAGUGCGCCACCUGGGAGCAUUAGAGAGUGACCAUGUCUCCUCAAAUCUUCACCAUUGGAUUGAUCUUACAUUUGGAUUCAAGCUGAGUGGUGCAGCUGCCAUCAAAGCCAAGAAUGUCCACCUCCACCUUGUAGAUCAGCACACCUACCUGACCCCACAUGGGGCUGUUCAGCUUUUCCAACAGCCACACCCACAGAGGGCCUCACAGCACUGUGUUUCUGCCUCAGCUGCAGUGCCCCGCAUCACUAGAGGGCUUCUGAACUCACAGCUCCUCACCUAUGGUUUCCCUGAUGCGGAAAUCGACUCACAGGGGAGUGACUCAAGUUUUGAUGGCUCUGAUCAGAGCCGUAUUCACCUGACAACCAUUCCCUUGCCUCGGAGUUAUAACCCUUUGGCAGUACUGGAGCAGUGCGAAGCUCUUCAAGAGUUCAAGGUCAAAGCUCUGCAUCUCCCAAAUUCACAACUGGCUUCAACACCAAAGCCGGGCACUCCAACUCAGUUUCAGGAUGAAGGAAUAACUCGUGACAUGGUCACCCUCUUGUGCAUCAUCUGCGAAAUGUUCUUGGAUUCAAAGCUACGCAUGCAGGACUCUCGGCCCCCACUCUGGAAGAGGGUCCGGUCCAUCAGAAAGUUAUGCUCCUUGGACUUUUCAGAAAUACAGAGACCAGUGCAGAAGUUUGUGAGGGAGAUGUUUGAUAGUUUGGAAGUCAGCCCAGAUAAGAAGUUUGCCUUCCAAGCAAUAUUUCCAGAUGGCAGCCCGCCCCCUACGCCAGGCUACUUACUACAGCCAUACUGUGACCUCAUUCCUUUCCCUUCUUACUUUGUGGAGUUGUACAACACGCUCAACAAGGUGGAAGAAAAGAACCAAGCCAUUGAAAGUUUGAAGUGGAGCAAGAUUCCUUUGAUGGAGAAAUCAAACAGGAUAAAGCAAUUGGAGAGAGAGAAGGUUCCAGUGCUAGAGACUUUUCUAUGGCGACACCAGGGCUACCUGGGCCAGGAAGGAAUGGCCUUGAUCUUGCCGUACAUCCAGGACCUUCUCCAGAAUGAGUUCACCACAGUGCAGGCAGCCUGGUCCCUCUUUGACGUGUCCACUCGUGAGCUGGGCCCCAGCGAGUCUACCAAGGAGUUCCUUAAGUCUCUCACAGCUCUCUUCUCAGGGGAGACAUCUUCGGCCAAACAUAUCAAGCUGUAUCACAGGUCAUUCUUAAUUCAGCUGAUCAUCAGACUGGGCAUGAAGACUUUUUUGACAUACUUCUCAACUCUGCUGGUAGAAGCUGUUGCGGGCUAUAAAGAUUUUAGUCUUACCAAUCGAUUUUAUCCAGAAGAACUGUUGGAAGAUUUCAACCCUGAAGAAAUUUUAAAAUCCCCUUCAGCAAAACGUGAGCAGAUGGACUGGACACAAAGUAACCUGCGGAAAGAGGGAGAUUUCUCUAGGGAUGGUAUUGGGGAGGAUGAGGUAGAUGCUCCGGAAGAGGAGAGCAGUUGCAGUAGGGAUGAGGAUGAGCUAGACAACACCAUGGUGGAUCGAUUAUCUCUUGAUGGGGAGCAUAUACCAAUGCUGGAUGAAGAUGCUGUCGGGAAGUAUGAUAGUGUGGACUCUGCUGAGAGAGACUCAAUUGACAGCGAGAGUAGCGAGGACAGGAUCGAAGUUCUUAAUAUAAGGAGGAAGACGGUCAUGUUUGAAGAUCAGGACGGAGCUAAAGAAGGCAUUUAUGGAAGCGCUGACCAGCAUUCUAUUCACAGCAUCUCCAUGCUGCUACCAAAAGACCUCACUGAUUCUCCAGCCGCGGGGGAAAACAUGGAGCAUUUUCACAAUGAAUUUCCUUGUGGGAGCUUAGACACUAUGUCAUAUGAAGCCUUGGAGCCAGGCUCACAGAGUUCUUCAACAUGGCAGCAAUUCGGCAAUGGCAAUAAACACUCUAUUUCUCAGACCUUGAGUUCUGGUUCGGACUCUGUUUUUGAAGGUCAGAUAGAAUCUGAGGGGUCUAACCAAUCAAAAGCGUCCAAAAAUCAUACUUCCAGUGUCAGUAGUGAGUCUGGUGUCAAACAAUCUCUUGUCUCAACUGACAGUGCUAUAGUCAGCAGCAACUUAUCCUCUCUGUCCCCAACAACUUCAGUUGUUAGCCCACAAACAGUAGAUCCAUCUUUUACUGAAUCCACCAAUACCCGUCUGGCUAAACAGCCACAAAGACAGAGAAGUAUCAUGACAAGUUCUCCGGCAUUUGAGACGACCAAUGCUGAAGACGAAAGAGAUGGAAAUUCGCAGAAACCGACUCGACAGAGAACAACAUCGGAUAUGGUGCGUAGUGAGACCGAGGAUCUUAUGCUGAACCUGUCUUCUGACAGCGCUGGUAGCGUCAUCAAUAUCCGUGACAUCGCGGCAGACUCGGUUAAAUGGUUGUCACACAAGCUCGGCCCAGUGCUUGCCACUAAGUUCUUGUCUCGGAACCUCGUCCGCAUGCUGGCCCUUUGCUACCUGGGUCAUGAUCAACUGCAGUUUAUGGAGGGCAGUGCAACUGACAAGCUGAUCAAGACAUCUCGACUCAUUGUGGGAGACAGGAAUGCCAACAAAGUUCUGGAGUGCAUUGGGUUCACUAUAGUACUGUAUGGAGAACAAGUCAUUCUGAUUCAGUGUUUGCCAAAUAUCAUGGAUAUGAUUACCCUGGCACAGAAGCGUCUGUCCUCAAGAGCUGAGAGUGGACUCAUCGCUUCUGUUGUUUUGUUGGCAUUUCUUGUCCCAUACAUCUCGGACACUACCCUCAUGAACUUACUGGAGGACAGCUUUAUCAACAACUGUAUAAGUCCUGUCCUGUCUCUCAUUAUCUCCCCUCAACUGAGUUUUCCAUCUGGGGCCCUUUCGAGGUUUGUCCUGUGCCACAAGCUCAUUGAUCUCAUGUACACCUUGGGGCUCCGUCUGGGGUUUGAGAACACGAGGAAAUACCUGAACAGCAUUAUGCUGCGCCUGUUUGACACGUUCAGCUCUCUCCAUGGGCAAACCUUCCAACUGUCAGAAACUAUCCCAGUGGAAAAGUCGAAAGCUGGAAAGGAAAAAGAGGAGGACUUUUGUGGCUCUGAUGAAUCAUAUCUGACUAUCAAAAUGGAUGAUCUGACCCACCAAUACAAGAUUGGAUCUCCUGUUGAUCUACGCAACCUGAAGUCUCCCCCCUUAAGACGUCUCAGCAAAAUGCAUAGUCUCAGCUCAAUAGGAAUUAUAGAUGAGAAAGAAGAUUAUGUGGACUCGAAGAGUCAAGUGAGCAGUUCAGAAAAAAAUCGGAAAGAGCUGAAGUGUGUUUUCUGCCCGGAGCUGGCUCAAGCUUGUUAUAUUCCUCUGUGCAGAAUUUUUGGCAGCAUCCACAUGGAGGAACACCUACACAACGAUGACCUGAUCAGGCAGCUCUGCUCACAGCACGACAGAGAGACUGAUUCUGGCUGCCCCGCGAUGGAGGAUCUCACACCAACAACAACAGCCUCAGAGAGUGCCACUGUUAAAAAUGACCUGCAGUCCCCGUUGGAUGAUAAAGGGGUUGUCAGCGGCAUCGGGAAAAACGUAGCUGUAGUUGGCAACAGGAUCCAGCUGAAUGAGACACCUGCCAGCACCCCAACUCAGCCGGAGGUCGGUCAGUUUGGUCGUGGCUACAAGCACUCUGGGAUACUUUCCAUUCACCUGGAGGACCUCAGAUCGUCGGAAAUGGAACAAAACCAGGCGCGACAUUUGCGUGGAAAUUGGUUAGCCUACUGGGAGCGAGAACUUGGGUUACAUGAAAGAGACACAAUGUUCAACUUCAUGCAGAUUGAACUGCAGACGUACACAGGUCAUACGAGCAGCAUCCGCUCAAUCUACACGAUGGACACGGAGAACUGCUUCAUCUCUGCCAGCAAAGACAAGACGGUCAGGUUGUGGUCCAUCAACUGCUGCGGGGACGGUUCGAGAAAGCAGACCAGUCAGUUCUGUUACUCAAGACACAAGAAGUCAGUGUUCUCUGUGGCGUAUGUGGAGAGCAUGAGGCUGGUGGCUUCUUGUGAUAGCACAGUACACGUCUGGGACCCUUACACUGGAGUCUCAGUCAGUCAGCUAGAGUCGCCCAAGUAUGCUCCAGUCGUCGCCCUUACUGCUCUACCAGCUCCGUCUUCACUUGUUGCUAUGGCAACCACUGAAGCCACUCUGAGGUUUCUUGACAUGAGGACGUCCAAGUACACACAUGGCUUCCGUUGCUCUGUGGGAAACACAGGUCUGAUACGCUGUGUGGUGGUCAGCCCGAACAGUUCCUGGAUCGCCGUCGGUUUCUCCACGGGCUACAUCUACAUUUUGGACAUCAACAGUGGGAUUCUGCUCAACUUCUGGAAGGCUCAUGAUGGGGAGAUCUUACAGAUGAAGGCAUACAGCAAGACCCGGCUACUGUCCUCUGCCUUUGACCAGACUAUCAAGUUAUGGAAUGUGGACAGUGGUCAAGAAGUGUGUGCGGUCAAGCAACAGUCAGAGCCAAUCCACUGCUUAAGCCUGUACAGAGACCAACUCCUCAGUGCGACCACAGGCAACAGGAUCUCAGUCUAUGCCUCCAUCUCUGACUCCACGCCUUUUGCCAGUUCCAAACUUCGAUCUGCAGCAUUCAAAGGUGUCCUCACCUACAUGUCGGUGCUACCACUGAACAAGGCUCUUUUGCUGGGUGCAGACAAUGGCGUCAUUAGACUCAUGGCCUAAAAGACUGUUUUGUGUUAUGCAGUUAAAUUUUUAUAUCCUUGUGGAAGGUAUUUGGAUUAUAAUACAAUUGGAGGGCGUAAAAGUAAAGUUGGACCCCCCCCA